AUGUCUCAGACUGUUGUUCUCAAAGUUGGUAUGUCAUGUGAAGGAUGUGUUGGAGCAGUAAAGAGAGUUCUGGGAAAAUUGGAUGGUGUGGAAUCAUAUGACAUUGAUUUGAAGGAACAGAAAGUGGUAGUGAAAGGAAAUGUUGAACCAGAUACAGUUCUGAAGACAGUUUCCAAAACUGGGAAGCCGACUGCGUUUUGGGAAGGUGAAGCAACAUCUGAGACUAAGUAA